AUGACCAAACCAGAUAAAUCAUCCGUUGCAAUGGAGGAGGUUUCAUAUGAAGUUGCAGAAUACAAUAAUGAUCCUUCGUUCGAGAUUGCUUGGGCUAUUAAGGCUGCUGAAAGGGCGAAUAUUCAUAUGAGCCUGCUGCUCACUUGCAAUACCAAAGAGUUAACGAUGCAUAAAAAAUUUAGUAUUAUUUAUGAUAAAUUUCGAGCGGUAUUUCCGAAAAUGAAUGUUGAGAAGGUAACAGAAAAAGAGUUAAAGGGUGAAAAUAAGCAACAGUGGUUUACAUUUUGUGAGUAUUUUAAAGAAGAAGUAGAAGAUUAUAAUCUUGCUACAAUCAUGAGGAUACGAGCUGAUGGUGCUUACAGUGAAUCAAAUACAAUUAUUGUUCCUAAGAUAAUUUUUCUGGCUGUGGAGAUUGCACGGAACAAGGAAGGUUUGAAUGAAAGCUGUAAGGAAAGUUUCAAAAUGGAACAUGAAAGAAUCGGGCGUGAAGGGGGGAAUAUUUGCAAAUUAUGUCCGGCUUUACUUUCGGCACACAAGGUGCUACUGCUUCUUCGACAUCUGUUACGGGUAGCUUGUUCGGAGCGGCGUCCAAACCAUUGUUUGGUACUUCAACAACUACAGCGCGAACUUCAGGUACGUACUAAUCUGAUUUUGCCGCAUUUCGGAAUCUCAGUCCAAAGGACUAGCCUGUUUGGAGCACCUACAUCUCUAGCUACAGCAUCUGCAACACCAACAGGAUUAUUUGGUUCAACAGCUUCUUCUGGUGGAUUAUUUGGAACACCUGCAAAAACUUCCACAGGAAAGUCACAUGUUAAAUCGAAGUGGGCUGUUCUUUCAGGUGGUUUAAUAGGAACUGCUGCAGUGGCUACGACUUCAAUGGUUUGUGGGCCUUUUGGAAGUACAUCAGUAACAACAACGCCAGGUUUAUUUGGUGUCACCCCUGCUGCUACCGUUACUGGAAGUCUUUUUGGGAAGCCAACAACAGGCAUGUAUAUUACUGCUAUAUGUUUGUUCAGCAGUCCGGCAACUGCUACAACAGCUUUAACUGGUGGACUUUUUGGCGGAAGUGGAACACCGACGACUACAACUGGAGUAGGAUUGGGAGGGACGGGUACGCUUGCAGGUACCGGUUUAUUAUCAAGUAGCUUAGGAGUUGCCGGUGCUGCGGCUUCUGGAAAUCCAUUGGAAACUGAAGUGCAACAAGUGAUUAUGGAUCUCUUCAAUUUAUUGCGGGAUCGAAUUAAAAAAAACCAUGAAAUAAGCGUUGAAUUUGCAAUGAAUAGCUCGGAGUCAUGCUUGCAUAUGGAUGAAAAGAUAGAAGAAUUGAUUGGGAUACGUGUGAAGAACGCCGACAUUAUACGUAAAGCAAAAGACAGCGCAAAAGAAUUACUUGAGAAAAUGCAACGAGACUCACGGACAGCAGAGCAGAUACGUCGACGGCAAAAAGAAAUCUCAAAGAAUCCACAAUUCGGCCGAAAACAAGCUUUCUCUUAUUUAUUGACAGUUUGUGAUGAACACGAAAGUAUCGUGCGAGAAUUUUGGGAAACAUUACAAUUAUUGCAGGAGAGAAUUGGUGCAAAGUUAAAUAAGAAAGAUAUAGCCACAAAACAAGAUCUGCAAAAACAUUUCGAGCAUUACGAUCAAACAUUCAAAGUUAUUUGUUCUGAUGUAUAUCGAUAUAAAAUACAAAUCGAAGACCUCAAAGAUGCGUUUUUGGAAUAUCAAAAGCGUACUAACCCAUAUACACCGAAUCCAUUUGAACAACGAAAAUCGAAGCAUAUUGAGAAGUCAGAUACGAAAAAGAGAUUCACGGGAGGAGUAAGUGGAUUUGGCACAUCGGGUUCAUUAUUUGGUUCGAAAACUUUCGGUACUCCUGCCUUUUCUUUCAAUCCAUCAGUCGCAAACACAACAGCACCAUUAUUCAAACCUUUCUCCACUACUAGUUCAGCAUCAGCUCCUCUUUUCGGCAACUUAGCAACACCAGUAGCAGAGCCAGCACCCGCAUCAACAACAACAUCAUCUUUUACUUUUGGAAAUACAUUGAACUCAUCGGUUAGUGGAACAUUAUUUGGCGGAAGCGCUAGCAAACCCUUUGGCCGAUAA